UCUCUCUCUCUCUCUCUCUCUGCUUUGUUUGCUCGAUUUUCUUCUGUUCUAUUUCCUGCGUGCGCGCGGUUGAAGUUAUACACACACAAAAAAAAAACAGUAUUUCCUAGUAGUUUUUAGUUGGGCCGGUGACUGCGUAAUCCUCUAACGGGUUGGGCGACUCCGACCCCCAAAGGCCAAACCGUCUCGGUCGACGGGGGGUGCUGGGCUCGUCGACGUCGACGCGGCCGGCGGCGCGCGGCCAGCCGGUGAACGAAGAAACCCGUACGCGGGCCGGCGGGGCAAUGCAAACAGCUAGAUGCGCUGACGCGGCGGCUGUGCGGGCGCGCACCCUGUUUUCACGGCGGGAACCUUCGCGGACGCUGCCUGCCAGUGCCAGCCAACACGGCCACACACACUCUCUCUAGCUAUUGUGUCUAUCAGUUACGGAGCAGUACCUGCAAGCACCGGCGCAUCGCCGUUUCUAGCUCCAUCCCCUAGUUAUUCAUUAUUCAAUUACCACCUGGCAAGGUUUAAGGUUGGUUGGCAAGGCAUGGCAUGGCAUGCAGCGCCGCCGCAGGCCUGCAUGCAGCAGCAGCAGCGUUUCGUCGGCGUCUCGGCGCGAUAGCAUCUGCAGCGCGUCUUUAAAGUUUCGAGGGAUUGGAAGGAUAUUUUUUUUUGAAAAAAAAACGCUACAUUCAGAUUUCAGAAUCCGGAAAGGGGAAAGGGCCUGGUGGUGGUGCUGGUAAAAUCUUACGCGGGUCCGGCGGCCCGUUGCCGCCUGCUGCUGGCUGCUGGGCGGUUAACGGGGCCCGGACGGCGCCUGAGGACACCACAUAAAGUCCAGGCAGGCAGCUAUACGCUGAUCUCGGCGAGAGAGAAGGGGGGAGGGGAACACGGCAGCACCAUAGACUGUUGCUACUCACAUCUGCGACUGCGACUGCGACUGCGAGUGGGUCGGGGACGUACGCCUCGUGCGCCGAGCUGCUGGCAGCUGCUUCGUUUGGAGUCUUCCCCAUACGCGCCUGUCCAGCGUGGGGGGCUGCUGGGCCACGCACAGGGGCCAGUAGCAGCAGAGCAAGGGCAAGGGCAAGGGCGGCCCUGCUACGGUAUAGAUUUACAUGCACGCGCCGCAUAAACAAAGACAUGAGAAGCUUCGCUGCCCGCGCUCUACGCCGUAUUUACCUGCCUGUGCUGUGUGCCGCGCUGCAUCGUAUAUAGUCUGCUCUCUACCAGUGAGCAGCAGAUGCUAUACCACGACAACAGCGGCAGCAGCAGCAGCUAGCUGUUGCAUUACAUCCGCCCAUUGCCUGCCAGCAUGCCUUUACUGUUCAGGAGCAACAGCAUAUGUGUGGAGCGCGGAUAAAUACACUGCCAUUGCUUGCUCGCUCGCUUUGCUCCGCCCUGUGCCUGUGCCUGCUGCGGCCUCGUUUACGUCUAGCGUCGGUGGAGCUGCACGCAAGCUCUACUACUGCUCUCAGCUCUCUAUCUGGUCCUCCGCCCCUAGCAGCUAUAUAUACAGUGUGCCUCUCGCAUCUGCAGCGUGCAUGGAGUUGCCCCCUGGACGGGACAAGGCUUCCUUUGCCGGCGUGCGGUGUGGUGGAGGCCUAGCUUGUUGACGGCAGAGCACAGCACAUUUGCAGGCUGUAGCGCGCGCCACAUAGAUAGUAGACAGGCGAGGGGCGAUAGAGCAGUGUGCGCGACUAGCUAGCUAGCUAGCUUGGGGCAGCCGAAGAUGCUGGCAUGCAUUGCGUGCUCCUCCAAGGAAGGCGCAGAGGACGGCUCCCGUGCCGCGGCCACUACGACGACGCCUCACGGCAAAGAAGCCGUCAAGUCUCUCACCUCACAGCUCAAGGACAUGGUGCUCAAGUUCUCCGGCUCCAGCAAGCAGUGCAAGGGGACGGCCGGGACCCAGUCGUUCAGGAGCAGCGGGGACAGGUACCGCCGCCCCUACCCCGGCUUCAUCGACGACACAGGCUUCACGCCCGCGAGCAAGGUUCUCGGCGAGGACUACUACCCAAGGACCGCAUUGGCGGGGGCAGCAGGCGCCGCCGGUGGCGCGCGAACGGCUUCGUCGGAUACGUUGGACAUGGGCAGGAGCAACCGCAAGAGCCCCGGGAGUAGCGGCUGGAUUCCGGGCACCGACGAGGCAGCGGCGGGCGGGGACGAUGUCCUCGCUCUGGAGGACGCCGCCGCGCCCAGGGAGUGGACGGCGCAGGUGGAGCCCGGCGUCCAGAUCACCUUCGGUACCAUCCCGACCGGCGGCAACGACCUCAAGCGCAUCCGAUUCAGUCGGGAGAUGUUCAACAAGUGGGAGGCACAGCGGUGGUGGGGCGAGAACUACGACCGCAUCGUGGAGUUGUACAACGUGGUGAUGUUCAGCGGCCGGCAGCAAGGGUGCUCCACUCCGGUGUCCUCCGUCGACGACUUGGCGCUGAGGGACUCGUCCUACUCCCGUGGCGGCUCGACAAGCAGGGGCAGCCCGAUCACAGCGCCGCCGCCGCCGCCGCCACUGCCGCCGGUGGCAAGCAAAGAACCGAUCACCCGGAGCGCGUCGUACAAGGCAACGGCAGCAGGGUCCUCCUCGGCACCGUACGCGGCCGCGCAUUCCACCAGGGCGGCAGCGGCAUACUUCCCGUCCGCGGCCGUGCCCGACCCGUCGGACCACGUCUGGGCGCACCACUUCAACAUGCUCAACUCCGCUGCUGCGGCGGCCGGCACGUCAGCGGCGAUGGGCGGCGGGGCCCCGUCGUCCUACGACCCGUCGCGCGCCACCACGUCGUCCAGGGACGAGGCCUCCGUGUCCCUCAGCAACGUGAGCGACCUGGAAGCCACGGAGUGGAUCGAGGAAGACGAGCCGGGCGUGUGCCUCACCAUCCGCGAGCUCGGCGAUGGCACUCGCGAACUCCGCCGCAUCCGGUUCAGCCGGGAGAUAUUCGGCGAGGAUAGGGCCAAGGUGUGGUGGGAGCAGAACAGGGAGAGAAUACAGGCGGAAUAUCUGUAGCAAGCGAUCAGACACUGAGCUGAUGCAAUUUUCAGGCCUGAUGGGAUAAUCAAAUAUGUUUGUGAGAGGAUAGAUUAGGGAGAUGAUACCGCUAUAUACAUGGUGAAAACAACGUGAAGGGGGAAACUGUGAAAGUGAAAGAAAUGGUACCUGUCCUUAGUUGCCUAAACUAAUAAUAAGUUUGUACAUCGUUGGUACAAUGGUACCGUGUCUGGUUUAAAGUUACUUUGUACUGUACGUGUACUGUACAUCUUGGUUCCUUCGGUGGUUUAAUUUGUUUUUUUAACUCUGUCCA